UACACAAAAACAAAGAUAACGAUGAAGUAAUAAAUUGAAUUAAAAACAAAAGUAGAAUAAACCAGAACUUACCAUUCUAAACUACACGUGCCUGCUCUCCUCUACAUGCCACGUAAUCCAUCCGCCACGUGUUAUCUUCUCAGUUUCAUCUCUAGAAACUCCUUAUUCUUUCCCUUUUUUUUUAAAGACAUCGCCGCCGGAUACCAACGUUUGGAAACGAACUGGAAGGAUGCAAUCCACACUUAGAGCGAUCGCACCGAAAUCGAAUUGGGCCUUUUGGGUGACCCAAUUCCAAAGCCUCCGCCGAGGUGGUCUGACGCUCACCACAUCUCGCACCGCUGACCCUUCCCUUCACGCCAACGACGACGAUGACGACAACGACCCCGCCGUUUUAUCCGGUGAACCUGAGAGAUCACAAGACAAUUUAGAGCCAGAUAAUGCGAAAGCCAAUUACGAUAGGAGGGACGACCCUAAGCAAGGAGAUUCGAAGGGACCAUUUGGGAAACCCACGGCCCAACACGCCUCCUCACCUCGUUUAGAGACCACAGUAGUGGGCCAGGCCUCGAAGCCCAUUACUCAACAAAAGAGAGCCCACAGUAUCGACGACGUGAGCUGUAUCGGCGUCUAUGGCGGGCCUCUGGAGCAGGGGAAAGAAAACAGAACAACUGAAAUGAAAGAAGAAGAAGAAGACAACAGAGAUUAUUACAAGCACCACAAGGCAUCUCCGUUGGCAGAGAUAGAGUUUGCGGAUACGCGUAAGCCGAUAACCAGAGCGACGGACGGGACGGCGUAUGAUGGGGAGUCUGGAACUGUAAUUGGGUGGUUGCCAGAGCAGGUGGAUACUGUAGACGAUUCGCUCCGUAGAGCAACAGAGAUUUGGAAACAAAAUGCAAUGCGCGGAGAUCCUGAUGCUCCACAGUCGAGAGUUCUUAGGGCUUUGCGUGGUGAAGAGUUUUAAGUGUAGAUUGGGUUUAGAAUUAAUAAAGGGUUGUAACAUGCGUUGAAGUUUUGAUCUAAGAAGUUGAUUUUACAAGUAUAUGAGUGAAACUUAGCAAAAACAUACAAAAUUGAAAUUUUGUAAAUACCUAUAUUUAUACGGGGUAGAGUAAUUGUAUUAUAAUUUUCGAAGACUGCUGCCUAAAAAUAUAGGUAUUUAUGUUGGUGACCCUACUAGGAAUCGAUCCUGCACAGUAUGUUGUUGUUGAUAGCUGGAAAGCCGGAAAAGGGUGGAGUUAAUGGGAAUAGGUGGCACGGUGCCUUUAUACCCAACGGCUUAUACCUGAUUCCGAUUCUCAGCCGUUGUGGGACAACAAGUUGAUUCCCCAACCUCAAAUUAGGACAUGAUUGAGGAUUGACACCUUAGAUUUGGGUCUAUUAUGGAAUUUGUGUCACAUAUUUUAAAAAGUUUAUGUAACGCUCCAAAUUCGAGGAGUUGGUUAAAAAGAAAAAAAAUUGGAUGGAAGUUAA